GAUUACAGAUUUGCAUAUACAUCCAUUUAUUCCCCUAGAGUUGUCUGAAAUUUGUCUGUGGUUUGUAAUUGAUAACAGAGGCAAAGAAGCACGGUAUUGUCUAUAUAUAUAGACAAUAUCUUGGAUGUUUUAAUGGCUGUUGUGAGUGAAACGACGGGGAAUUCCUUGUUUUGUCAGGUCUCUCUUUAUUCGGAAUUAGGUAGAAUAAUCAAAUAGAACAAAAUAAAGAGAGCGUGGCGAUAGUGACGUGACCUUCCUGCGGGCACGAUGACUACAAGCAACAAUAAUAAUAAUAAGACAUGUGUGGGUGAACCACUGUCUUUACACAACUUGUCUUUAAGCAGCAACGGCAGUGAUACAUAUGAGGAGAAGGAGCUGUCUCCUGCUGUCAUUUGUGAUGACAGUGGUAUGCAGUCCCUUGAUGAGAGUAGCGACAGCACUAGGGAAAGUGUGUCUGAGAAAACAGAGCAAGAUGAGUUGGAAGAUGAUGUUUUUCUAAAAGCUCUUUAUAACUAUGAAUAUAGUUACGACAAUGGAGAUAAAGUGACUAUGGUUAAAGGGGACAUAUACCGGCUGGUGUCAAAUAGUGCUGAUGACUGGUGGCAAGUUGAAAAAAUAGAAGAUGGAAAUGUAAUCUAUGUUCCUGCUGAUUAUGUAUUUAAAUUGGAGGAUUAUUACCCAGGCAACAACAGACCAUUGCCACCAAUUAUUGCCAAAGAUACAUCUGAUAAUAGUACUAAACCAGUUGAAACUAAACCACUUCAAAUUAAACCAGCUGAAAUCAAACCAGUUGAAACUCAACUACUUGAAACUAAUCUGUUUGAAACUAAACCAGUUGAAACUCAACUACUUGAAACUAAUCUGUUUGAAACUAAACCAGUUGAAAUCAAAACAGUUGAAGCUAAACAAAAGCCUCAUGCUACUGGUGAGAAAAGGAAGAAACAUCCUGCUCCUGUUGCCACACCCGAGAUGUUAGCUGCUGCCAAAGCAAAGGCUCCAACCAGACCAAACACAACUGUACUGAACCGAAGUUUUAGUAGUGAUAAUGCUGGAACAGUUCCUGUGACUACCUCCUCAUCUUUUGGGUGGCCCGAUUCAUCAGAAACCUCUUCUCAAGCCAAUUUUUCUAUAAACAACAACAACAACAACAAUAAUAAUAACAAUAACUUUGAUGCUUGUAUCCAGGUUGUGGUUAAUUCUGAUAAUCAGUACCCCCAAGAGAUAUUGCGAAGUGGAAAUUAUAGUACUUUUGGUAAAGGUUCAAUCAAUCCAAUCAGAACAUUGGAAAGGCCCAAAAGCUAUCACUAUGGGGCAUCCAGCAGAUAUCUUGAAAGCCCUGAACAUGGGCAUGAAAAAACAAUUCAAUUAGGGAAGUGUCAACAUUCUCAAAGCAAUAGUGAUUAUAUAAACCUUGAUGAACUGGGUCCUGUUUUAAAAUACCAAAAGGAACCUGAAAAUGGAAGUGUGGAAAGUCUUACCAAUCCAAAAGACAGAAGAUCGGAGGUACUGUAUGAAAAUGUACAGCUAAUACAGGCAUUCAUGAAAAACCCUCCCAAGAUGGACAACAGUGUGUUUAUAAAGAAAUACAGUGAAAGCUGGGAUAUAUAUGAAGAUAAAUCAAAUGGACAAUCUUUCUACUACAACAAGGAAUCAAAGAAGACCACUUGGAAACCCCCCAGGCCUGAGAAGCCUCCACCAGAUAUUCCUAAUAUCAAUAUAGUUGAUGAGGAGAUUGCAAGUGGAGACAAAGUGAAGAAUGGACCUAAGAAGAUACCCAUUGGUUGGAGAAAAGACUUUGACAGUCAUGGCGAGAUGGUUUUCUUACAUUCCAGCUCCAACCACAAAUGGAAGCAGUCUAUAGAUCAGACUGGCAGACCUUAUUACUACAGGGAAGGUUCUACAGAAUCUGUAUGGGAUCUUCCAGUGUAUUCAGAAAGUGUUACCCUUGAUAAUGAAAUUCCUCCUGUCACUAUGGCCAAAUCUAUGACCUUACAACACCAGCCCAUUCCUGUGAGUGUACCACCACAAAGAUCUAAAACUUUACCAUCUCAAAUGCCUUCUUACGUCGAGAGUCCUGAGAAAGUGCAGCCAUUAAUGGGAACAGCAUUUGAUAUUUGUAAGAACAAGACGGGAAUCUUAAACAAAACAAAAAUUAUGGAAAAUGGGAAAAAAGUUGGGAAAAAGUGGAGUCAAUCAUAUGUGAAGAUAUUUGGUUCCAAUAUUGCAUUUUACAAAGAUCAACGUGCUGCUGCAGUCGGACCCGGUGCCAAAAAUGGAAAUCCUGAACAAAUUAUAUUCCUUGGUGGAGCCAAGUGUUCUCAUGCUUCAAAAGAUAUCUCAAGCAAGAAGAAUGUUCUCCUUCUGGAAGAUAUACAGAACAACCAAGUUUUAUUACAAGCAGAUGAUAACACAAAAAUUCAAGAAUGGUUGGUCUACAUCAAUAUGAUUAUUUCUGAAAUGUCUACACAGGAAGAAAGUCGGUCGCAGUCAAGUUCCUCAAAUCAACAGCAACCCUCUCCCGAUGCAAGCCAGAAAAGUCCAAAAGGAACAUCAAAAGAGACCAAACUAUUGUUCCCCACCAAAAUUAAAGGACGAGCUCUGUCUACAAAACGGCAAAAAGGAAAAGAUGACGAGAAAAUGACAAUUCGAGAAAAACUAGCCAAUCUUUUAACUGGUCGUCCAACAAUGGAGUCUCUUGAAGCCAAAGGAAUCCUAAAAACUGAUACAACGUUCGGUGCUCUCCUGAAGGAUAUUUGCAACAGAGAUAAUUCCACAGUGCCAAACUUUGUAAAAUUAUGCAUCAAGAGUAUUGAAAACCGAGGACUUAAGCAAGAUGGUCUGUACCGAGUUAGUGGUAACCUCGCUGAAAUACAGAAGCUACGUCUUUCAGUAGACAACAUUAAUGCUAACAGUCGAUUCAAUCUGGAUGAUGAAUGCUGGGAUAUUCACACAUUAACUGGGGCCCUAAAACUCUUUUUUAGAGAACUGAAAGAGCCUUUGAUUCCAUUCAAUAAGUUUGAUAAACUAAUGGAAAUUGUCAAAGCAGAAAGUGCUACAAAACGCGAAGAGAAUUUAAGGAAAUACAAAGAAAUUAUUCAUAGCUUUCCCAAGUGCCACUUUGAGACACUUAAGAUGCUGCUUCAACACCUUCUAAGAGUAAUAAAAUUAUCUGAACACAACCGAAUGCUCACUCAAAACGUGGCUAUUGUCUUUGGACCAACAUUGAUGUGGCCAGAACGGGAAUUACACAAUCUUGCCAUCAGUAUCACCUACCAGAGCCAAAUUGUCCAAUUUCUUCUUCAAAACUAUGCAAGCAUCUUUUGAUACAACUUUGUAAACCUGUCUAAAACUGGCCAUAACCUGUUUUUUAGGUUAAUCUUUUUGGCUGACAUAACCCAACCAUUCCAGCUUCUUUUCAUGACAAUACAGAUUUGUGCAACGUUUGUGUUUACAUGGGGUGUAAUAUUGGAGGGAACUGUCUUUAUUCUUGACAACACACACAAAAAAAGGAAAAAAAACCCUUUGUUUUCUCCAGAAAGUUUUGGACCAAAAAA